AUGAAAUUCGUCGCGGAAUCGUUUGUUAAAUACGGCUGGGUAAUGAUUGACGGAGUGGAGGCGAACGCUCAAGCUACAGAAGAACUUUGUCGUCGGGUAGCGCCAAUUCAUGACACCUUCUUUGGUGCGUUCUGGGUGUUCAGCAAUCAGGCACAGGAAAAGGGGGAAGAAUAUCACGAAGAUACAGCGUACGGUAGCGAUACCAUUGGACCACACACAGAUGGCACCUACUUCAAUCAAACACCCGGAAUUCAGGUUUUUCACUGUCUUCAUGCGGCUGAACAAGGUGGUGACACCGUACUGGUCGAUGGUUUUGAGUGUGCAACACAACUGCGGAACCAAAAUCCAGACGCCUUUAAGCUGCUCUCAGAGAGAAGGAUAGAACAUCAUUACAUUGAAAGCGGAGCUGGAAAUGAGCCUCUAUACUCGACGUCAAGAGAAAAACCCGUAAUCGAACUCGGAUUCGUGGGGCAAUAUUGUUCAAAUCAGGUGAAAAAUCGAAUCGUAUACGAACUUUGUGGCCAUCCAAACCUGUCAGCCGGCAUGCACCUCAGAAGCUUGAGAAAGCUAAAGACGAUA